ACAGAAGCGACAAAUAAAUUACUUUUUGCUGACUAAUGGGAUAGAACGACAGAGGGAAGGUCGAGAAAUGAAUGAAGACAACCAUGAAUCGUCAUCGAGCGGAUGCGAUAAUCAGAUUGAAUUCCUUGUAUCAGAAGCCGAGCAACGACGACGGAGAGUAAACCAUCUGGACACUGAAGUACACGGUCUUGGCUAUGAUCCAUUUUCAUAUUGUGGACGAAGGGUUCAUGUUUUGCUACUCACCAAGUUGAUUAGCGUGUUGACGAUACCCUUCUAUGUCGCCAUCAUCAUCUUCAUCUCUUUUUUUGGGAACGCAACUUCGGUGAUGUUUUCUGUGAUUAUUCUAGGGUCCGUAUUAAUUUCAACGUGUUACGGAGCAUUUCGUGGAGCUAAAAUGUGCCUUAUACCAUUUGUGAUAAUACAACUUGUAUUUUUAAUAUACGACUUAAUAUUAAUUACAAUUCUAUUACUGGCUGUAGUGUUUCCGAAGAUGUUUCUGUCAGCCCUUUUAAGGUUGCCACUUGAGGAUAUCCCGUUCGGGACGGACCAAGUACUCCUCGGCUGCAGUCUUCUUUUAGCUUUGCUUCUUGCCCCUUUAGUUUGGACUACUCAUGUUGUUUAUAUCGAUUUUCUGUUUAUUUCACAGGUUGAUGAAACUUUACACAUGUUAAAGGAGGCCAACCAAAAAGUUUCGCAAGAUGACGUGUCACCUAACCGUAUGAUGUUUUAGCGUAGAGAUACCACACUCACCAAAAACUCACCAGCCACAUGGUUUCCGCCUACUUCUACCAUUUUUUUCGACUACUUCUAAUCAUAAUUUUUGCGUGAUCUUCUCCAAGCUCUCUGUGUUAGUAAGCACUUUCACACGUUUUCUUCCAUUUUUUGAAAUUCGGGUUUCUGUGUUCUUGACGAGUGUCUAGCAUGUUGCUGUUACACCAUUACUUGUCCGCUUUCUUGUAUUUUUCUAUUGUUCAUUGAAAUAAAACAAUUUCUAAUAAAUUUCUAUUGAUUA